AUGGCGUCGUCCGUCUCCGAGUCGGCCCUCGCCGCCAUUGCCGCCCAGCUGAGCCUAGUUAUGGGUGCUCUUGAGAAGCAGAAUUCCGAGCUCUCCGAGCUUCGCAUCGAGUGCUCUGCUCUGCGCACCCAGAAUGCAAACAUGGAGCGACUCCUCCAGGACAAUGUGUCCAAGUACGACAACCGCAACCUCAGCCUCUCCGCCCCCUCCCCCGGCCUGGAGACCUCAUCGCCUUUCCUCUCCGCCACCUCCCUGCCCCGCGUGGCCUCUACUCUCACCUUCAGCCCUCCCGGCGACCAGCCUCUCUUCACCACCGCCUCCCCUCACUAUGAGAUUCCCGGCUUUUACGUUGUCAUCCCCGCUGGUGGUGCCGGCACCCGCCUGUGGCCUCUGUCCCGCAAGAACCACCCCAAGUUCCUGCUCGACGUAUCCCUCUCCGGCCGCUCCAUGCUGCAGGCCACCUGGAACCGCCUGGUCCCCCUGACCGGCUCCUCUCGCAUGACCGUCGUCGCCGGCCCUGCCCAUGCCGAGGCCAUCAAGGGCCAGCUCCCCCAGCUCGAGAACAACAACCUGUUCACCGAGCCCGGCCCCAAGGACUCCAUGGCCGCCAUCGGUCUCGCCGCUGCCAUCCUCGCCGAGCGUGACCCCGAUGCCAUCAUCGGCUCCUUCGCCGCCGAUCACAUGAUCUCCGGUGAGGACGCCUUCCUCGGCGCCGUGCGCGAAGCUGCCAACGUCGCCAAGGCGGGCUACCUCGUUACUAUUGGUAUCGCGCCGUCUCACCCCGCCACCGGCUUCGGUUACGUGCAGCUCGGAAAGACCCUCAACGAUCCCAGCGCCCCCAGCGCCCGUCUCGUCGGCUCCUUCAAGGAGAAGCCCGAUGCCCGCACCGCCGGCAAGUACCUCGCUUCCGGUGAGUACCGCUGGAACGCCGGUAUGUUCGUCACCCGCGCCGCCACCCUGAUGGAGCUGGUCCUGGAGCACUGCCCUGCUCUCCACGCCGGCCUUGUCAAGAUUGCCAAGGUCUGGGACAACGAGGCUGAGCGCGCCGCCGUCCUCGCCGAGGUCUGGCCUUCUCUGGAGACGAUCGCCAUUGACAAUGCCAUUGCCGAGCCCGCGGCCGCCGAGGGCAAGGUCGCUGUCAUCCCCGCCACGUUCGGUUGGGACGACGUUGGUGACUUUUCCUCCCUCUCCGAGAUGCUUCCCGCCGAAGCCAACGCCCCCCGCGUUCUCGGCGACCACGAGCUCGUCGUGUCCGAGCAGACCUUUGGUGGCAUCAUCGUGCCCGGCUCGGGCCGUCUUGUUGCUUGCUUGGGUGUUGACGAUCUGGUCAUCGUCGACGUUCCCGACGCGCUCAUGGUUACGACCCGCGCUCGUUCGCAAGAAGUCAAGACGCUUGUCAAGAAGGCCCAGCGGGCUGGUUUUGCAAGCCUUAUGUAG